GUUUACUGAGAGUAAAACGUGUAAUGCUGCCAUACAUGAAGAACAUCGCGGAGGUGUAUUUAUAAUAAAACCCAAGUCUGCUUCGUUUAAGGAGAGUUUAGUAAAAUGAAGUUCGCGUACCGGUUUUCUAAUUUACUGGGAGCCGUCUAUCGUCAGGGAAAUCUGAGUUUUUCCAAGGAUGACAACUCCGUCGUCAGUCCAGUUGGAAACCGCGUCUCAAUUUUUGACCUGAAAAACAAUAAAUCUGAAACACUGCCAGUCUCCACCAACAAGAACAUAACAUGUGUUGGCAUCUCUCCUGAUGGGAACCUGGCCAUACUCGUGGAUGAAGAUGGUGCAGCUCUGUUGGUCAGUCUCGUCACCCGGGCCGUGCUCCAUCACUUCCACUUUCACAAGCCUGUGAACAGCAUUCGAUUUUCCCCUGAUGGAAGGAAGUUUGUUAUAACUAAGGAGAAUGUGGCGUUAAUGUACCAUGCCCCUGGAAAGCAGCGCAACUUUAACGCCUUCGUGUUGGACAAGAGUUACUAUGGCCCCUUCGAUGAAACCACCUGCAUCGACUGGACCGACGACUCCAAGUGUUUCGCGGUGGGCAGCAAAGACACGUCGACAUGGGUGUUCGGCGCCGAGCGCUGGGUCAACCUCAUCUACUAUUCCCUGGGUGGACACAAGGACGUCAUCGUGGGAUGUUUCUUCGAGAAGGACAGUCUGGAUCUGUACACGGUGAGUCAGGACGGGACGCUGUGUGUCUGGGAGAGCGACACAGAGCCGGACGGUCUGGUCCUGAGUAGGAAGCAGCAGAGCCCUGAGGAGGAGGAGGAGGAGGAGGAGGAGGAGGAGGGUGAGAAGGCCAAAAGUGAGAUGGGAGAGCACCAAGGACAAGUCGUCCGAGGAAAAGCCGGAGCCCCCAAAGAAAAGAAGGGGGCCAAGAACGUCCGAUUCAAACAGAGGAGCAAACAUUUCUUCAACAAGGAAGGAGACUUCAACAACCUUACGGCCGCCGCAUUCCAUAAGCAGACACACAUCCUGGUGACCGGCUUCGCUUCUGGAAUCUUCCACCUGCACGAACUCCCAGAAUUCAGUCUGAUUCAUUCUCUCAGUAUUUCGGAUCAGAGAAUCGCCUCUGUGGUAAUGAACAGCUCUGGAGACUGGAUCGGCUUCGGUUGUUCAGGAAUGGGACAGCUGCUGGUGUGGGAAUGGCAGAGCGAGUCGUACGUCUUCAAACAGCAGGGACACUUUAACAACAUGGCGUCUCUGGCCUACUCGCCGGACGGACAGUAUGUCGUAACCGGAGGGGAUGAUGGGAAAGUGAAGGUGUGGAACACCAGCAGCGGUCUGUGCUUUGUCACAUUCACUGAACACACUAGCAGCGUCACCAAUGUCACCUUCACCUCCAGUGGCUUCGUCAUCGUCAGCGCCUCAUUGGAUGGGACGGUCCGCGCCUUCGAUCUUCACCGGUACCGUAACUUCAGGACAUUCACAUCUCCUCGGCCGGCACAGUUCUCAUCUCUGGCCGUAGACGCCAGCGGGGAGCUGGUGAGCGCCGGUGCUCAGGACUCCUUUGAGGUCUUCCUCUGGUCCCUGCAGACCGGCAGAUUGCUGGAGGUGCUAGGGGGCCAUGAGGGCCCGGUGAGCUGCCUGUGUUUCAGUCCAGUCCGGUCGAUCCUGGCCAGCGUGUCCUGGGACUGCACAGUCCGACUGUGGGACAUGAUGGACAGCUGGCAGACCAAAGAAAUGCUGCGUCUCACCUCUGAUGGUUUGUGUGUGUCGUACCGUCCUGAUGGUGAGGAGUUGGCCGUGGCUACUUUGGAUGGCGAGAUUUCCUUCUGGAACCCACACACCGCCUCACAGACGGGCUCCAUCGCCGGCCGACAUGACCUAAAGAUUGGCCGAAAGGAGACCGAUAAAAUCUCUGCCAAGCAGGCCGCCAAGGGCAAGUCCUUCACGUCUCUGUGUUACUCGGCGGACGGAGCAUCCAUCUUGGCUGGAGGUCAGUCUAAGUUUGUCUGUAUCUACAACAUCCAGGAGCAGAUCCUCAUGAAGAAGUUUGAGAUCUCCUGCAACCUCUCCUUUGAUGCCAUGGAGGAGUUUUUGGACCGACGGAAGAUGACGGAGUUUGGGAGUCUGGCUCUGGUGGAUGAGGGAGCGGGAGAUGGAGAUGACGUCCACAUCAGCCUCCCCGGUGUUAGGAGAGGUGACAUGAGCUCUCGACACUUCAAGCCGGAGAUUCGAGUCAGCUCUCUGAGAUUCUCUCCCACCGGUCGCAGUUGGGCUGCCACCACCACCGAGGGGCUGCUGAUCUACUCCCUGGACGGAUCGCUGAUCUUCGACCCCUUUGACCUCGACCUGGACGUGACACCAGCCAGCGUGCGUAAACAGCUGCAGCUGCAGGAGUGGGUGGCAGCCAUCGUGCUGGCGUUCCGUCUGAACGAGAGCGCCCUGAUCCAGGAAGUCCUGGAAGCGGUACCCUACAAACAGAUCUCCGUGGUGUGUGGCUCCCUCCCUGACGUCUACGUGGAGAAGCUGUUGGGUUUCGUGGCGGUCUCGUUGGAGAAGUCGGGUCACCUGCAGUUCUACCUGAAUUGGGCCCAAAACCUGCUGAUGCUGCACGGACAGAAACUCAAGAACAGGUCUGCAGCGAUGCUGCCCACCAUCCAGUCACUGCAGAAGAGCAUCCAAAGACAUUUUGAAGAUCUCUCCAAACUGUGUGACUGGAACAUAUACAACAUUCGCUAUGCGUUGGCCCUAUCCAAACAGCAGGGGAUGAAGAGGAGUUCUGAGGAGGAAGAGGAAGGCUCAGAGGAUAUGAGCGAGGCUUCGGAGGAGGAUGUGGGCGUUCUCAGUUAGGCUGCGUCCAGACAAACACACCUCAUUCCAUCAGAUGGCAGAUGUCUUGAAAAUAGAAAAGUAAUGCAGGACUUUCACUCAAAAACGUUUCUGUUCUGCAGAAAAAUGAUUGUGAACUUCUUCUUCUUUUUUUUUUAUAACUUCUUCUUCUUCUUUUUUCGGCUUGUUCCCUGUUUCCCAGGGUUUUUUUUUUUAAAGAACUGUUUAAACUAAAUUAAAUUUUCUUGAGUCACUAUUCUGUUUUUGAAUGUGAUUUUUUUUUUGGAAGAAAGUUGAGAAGGAAGCUGGCUUAACCUCAUUUCAACCCAACUACCUAAAGAGAGAGCGUAAAACAUGGCAAUGACUGCCUGUUUAUUACUGUAGACAUUUUGUGAAGAUAGUUUGAAUCCCAGGAAAACGUCACAAAGCCGCAAGUUCUGUCAACAGACAAGUUGUGAAUUUAACAACUAUGACUGAAAUGUAGGUCCUUCAACAUGGUAGCAUGUGUACAAUAAUACAUGACUGUAGGAUUUGAAAGUUGGCACCGGUGUUUUGAAUCAGUUUUACUCAGAGCUAAAUACUUCAUACAUCAAUGCUGUUAAGCGUGUCUGUAAAAUGUUUAGGUUGAGGCUCUGUGGUUAAUUGUUCAUUUACAAGAAAUGUGUAUUUUCUGUAUGCAAAACAGUAAAUUUGGGGACUUGGUCAUAACCGACCUUUAUACCAACCUCUUUACAAACCUAUAUAAUAGGAAGGUGUUCAGAAAGAAUACUUCCCUUCUGGAGUGCCAAGGUCACCCCCUUCAGCCAGAGUGUGAGCUGUUACCCUCAGGUGGUCGGGGGAGGAUGGCCUGUUUUAGGACUAAGAGAUACAAGGCUUCCUUUGUCCCCACUGCCAUUCAGUUGUUAAAUGGUAGAUAGUAUUCAUCUGGUGUCUGCAGAUCGCUUGUUUCCAUGGUCUGUAUGUUUGAACUCCUUUGGUUCUCCUUGCCCACUAUGUCCUGUUGUUUUUUGUUGUCCAUCAGUGAUGUGUCAGCGCUGCCUUGGUGUUUGUAUGUUUUGAUUUGUGUGAGAGCUUUAUAUAUACUGGCUGCAAACUCAUUUCCCUGUAAGGGACAAUAAAGAUACUUGGACUUUGGUAAACCAGAUGGAUGACCAGGACAUCUCAACCAACACCCAAUCCACACCUGAAAGCCAGUAGAUGUUGUUGGAUGUCACUCUAACCAAGUCCAAGGAACUAUUAGAUAAAACUCCUUUUUCGAAAAAAGAAAAAGAAUUUAUCUAAGUAUGGGUUUGGUCUUAUGAACGAUUUUACUCAUUAUUAAAAAAAAUUUUUCUUGAACUGACACCAGAGCUCAGUAUCACCUGACUGGAUAACAGCUUAGCAUCUGCUGGUGGGGGUUUGUAGUUUGUCAGUUUGUUAGAACAAGUGACAUUUUUUAGAAAGAAAUAUGAAUCAGAAAUGAGCACGUGAGCAUUCAUUUUGACCUUGUAUGUUGUUUUUUUCAAACAUUUAAGUAUAUCUGUUUCAUAUGUUGAGUUCUUUGUGGCCUGGAAUAUUAAAUGAUGCUCUCAAAUGAGCGAUAU